GAGACGGCAGUCGGGUUGUCGGUGUAGAGCGACGGUGUGCGGUGGCGUCGCGACGCCGGCGCACUCGGUACGAUCGAUUAUUCCACGUUUCGCUGGCCAUGUACUCGGCCGCUGGUGGUAAGAGGAGGCUAGUUGAACAGAGACGAACAGCCCAGGUGGAGGAAGCGUGUCGAGGAAGAGAAUGAGAGGGUGAAAACGAAGAGGCGAGAAGGUGCGCGUGUGUCUUUUAGCGACAACGCGUGUGCAGGAUCUUGAAGGAAAAAAAAAAAAGGGGGAAAAGAAGAGAAACGGUUGACAGAUCAGCAGGAAGAGUUUGUUAGUGCCGAAAAAAAGGCAGCCCGCGUUGGUGCCCUCCCUCGGUUAAAAAUAUUCCCGCACAACGGUGCAGGAUGACGUCGUUGCGGAUUUAGAAGAGAAACGUAACCUGGACGUGCCGGGAUCGAUCCUAACACGGGUCUUCUUCAACAGCCGGCUGACACUGGCCAGAAGACAUGGAUUAUCGGUCGACUGGCACCAGGUGCGAGGAUGACACCCUGGAGAACGAGAAAGGAAUCGGUGCUGCGGGUGAACAUAAGGGUGCAUCGAAGCGUGGCGGCUCCCAUACACGUGGCACGGCGAUGUCUUUCGGUUUUCGACGAAGACCAACCUCCGGGAUACCGGUACCGAAAACGAGCCUGCCGAUCGAACUGAGCAUGCUGCAUCCUCGAUCGAAAUCAGCCGGCCCUGAACAGAACCGCAGACGCGACGAGGACACGAACAUCAUCCACAAUUCGUCGUCGGGCCGAUCGACGCCUCGUCUCGCGCCCCCUAAGAAAGAAGCCAGCGGUAUAGCCGUCAGAACGAACCGCUUCGGCUACCGUCAGUCCCAAGCUAAAUUCACCAACAAAGUCGGCGACAUCCGCAGCAGCCACAGCGUGAGCCAUUACAACCACGAGAAGCUGCAGCAACAACAGCAGCAGCAAGAAGGUUUCGUGAAACAACCGCACAGGGUUCAAGUGUCCAGUGUACCGGCACCGAAAGGCAAACCGUCGCCUGUACACAAUCCGAAUUCGUACAAUAACACGAACAUCAAUCAUUCCGAUGGUAAUCGCAGAACGUCGAGUAUCCCAGAGCCAAUUGGCAGGUAUACCCUUCACACCAGCCACCUGCCUCUACCUCAAUUCGCAGUGAGAAUGACCGAUGCUAAUUCAAAAAUCGCCAAGACUGCGGCUAAUCAGAGCAGAAAGGUCUCUGCAACGUCCAAAAGUUCCACCAGCUCCAAGGAAGGUUCAGGCACUGAGGAUUCUGGCGUUGGAAGUCAGCAAGGUUGUCCUGGAGAGAACGAUCUAAGGAGCGUUGAUUAUACCGACGGUUCCCUGUCGAGGAGACGAGGCGUAGGCAGACCCAGGAAUCUAAGGAUGGUCGUGAAUGGGAAGAGCUUCGAUGUCAGGGACGUUAGGGACGAUGACAGUACGGUUACCGAGAUAUCUGUUAUUCCAUUGCCGAAGACAUUCGCUGCAGCCAGCACUGGACUGGUUAGAGAAAGAACCACCCAGUAUCAAAGAAUUGUUAAUAAAGACAAUAGGUACACCGAGUCGACGACAUCUAUGUCUACUACAUCGUCCGAGGGAUACGACGAAGGUUUGGGCGAGGAGAAGGUUUACAAAGACAGAUCACAUUCCGAGAAGAUUCCUUCUAUCAAGUCAGACUUCAGUCCGCCUAGUUCUGAUGAUCCUGAAUACGGCCAUGGAGAAGCGAUGGCUGAUGAGUAUUCGUUGAGCUCGAGCGACGAGUGUCAACGAUCUACUUCCGCUCAACAUUUGCAAACUAGCACGGAUACAGCAAAGAAUGGAACGGUCCCAAAGACAGCUUUACGUUCUGUACUUCUAACCAUCGAAGAUCCUGCGUUCGCCGCUGCUGCGGCUACGUCUACUGCAUUGAUAGACGAUGAAACCUCGCCUGUGGAUAGCCUCUUCGACAGCCUAACAGCCAGCAUUACACAGUCGGAUGCUAAAGCUCCUAAGAAAGAAUAUGCCAUGGAGCAGUCUGGAAAUACGAUUGACGACGACAGUCCUGGAACACCGACGAACGUUUCCAAUUCGUUGAGCCUGUCCGAGGGUAGAGAAUAUUUUGACGACGAGAUCGCUGAUCAACCUGGGCUCGUCUUUGACGAUAAUUCCAGAGCCGGAGGUGAAACACAGUCUGCUAUGGCUAGUCAAGCUGUCACUGAAAAUAGUCACACCCUCGUUGAGUCCAGUCCUAAAACAGAUUACGUUAACGAGUUACUACCUUCUUUAGGUACAGGACAUGGAAAAAAUGCAACAAACAGUCCUCACCAUGGCAAACGAAUAAGCCGAGCUGGAAGCGUUGACACGUUAUCUCCUUGUGAAUCUAUUGCUUCUGAUGAUUUAAUAUUGGAUUACGAGCAAAGUGAUGCGAGUUCCUAUGAAGAGCAACAACAACGGGUAGAAUCGAACACUGCAUUGCAGGAUAUGGACGAUGCUACCAUUCUCUCAGAAUUAGAAGCUCAAGGUGAAGAAGUGAUGAGGCAGUGGACCUCUUUACUGGGCACUUGUCAAAUGCUACAGCAGACUAAUAAUUCAAAUACAGUAAAUAACAAUGUAAAUGGUGGAUCAACCAAUAACAAUAAUCAACCGGCCAACGAAAUAGGAAACGAGUGCGAUAAGACGACAAAGGUAUGGCGAAACAGAUCAGUGACUGAUACACCACGUUCUGUGGAUAACUUACGUAAUCGACAAUUUUCCAGUCCUUUGAGAACAUCGAGAAAUGUCCAUUCACCGAGUCUCGAUUCUGGAGAUGAAGGAAGUCUCCGAGUUGAUCGUAAUACGUAUCAACACAUGUUUCAAGACAUUGUUUCGAUUAAAACAAUGCUUUUGAAACUGAAACGGGUACUUCAGGAGUCAGAAGAGAACGGUUUGACGAGGACAGAAACUCUCAACCCAUUCGAUAAUUCUAUGAAGAAUGGUCUCUUCUACAACCUGAACGAAGGGAACACCGCCGAUGUGAGUACCUCUCCAGGAAGUGGAGGUAAUAGCAUCGCGGAUGAAUUGGCUGAUUUACGUAGACAGGUUGUGUUUUUGCAAGGCCAAGUGGAAGACAGAGAUAGAACUAUACAAGUAUUACAGUUCCAAAUAUCAAAACUUCAAGGACCUAAUGGCAAUGAUAGCCAAACAUGUGCUUUAGCAAGUAACCAUAAUAAUGUUAAUCCAGAUACUUGUAACGCUGCUACGCAAACGGAAAAGACACGUCCAGUGUCGGCGGGACCUUCACUGGUGCAAACACCCCCACAGGACGACGCUAUGUGGCCUCUAAUUAGAUGGAGUGAUUCCUGGGAUCAGCACCGUCCUACAUUACUUGGAGAACAGCUUACUAGUAACAGAAGCCUUCGUAAGUCGACCGAUCGUAUACCGCGUACAAUAAAAUCUCGUCAAGAAGAAACCUCGCAUCGUCGAAACGGGCAUAUAGAUAAAUCGACGGUAGAUAGUAAUUCGUCGAACGGUAAAAUUUUGAAAUUAAAGGACUCGAAAUCUAUUGAAUCGAACGGUACGGAACAGAACGACAUAAAAACAGAAGGAAGUCCUACUAAAUCAUGUAUUCCAACAAGUAGAAAGCUUGCAACACCAGUUCUCAUAACACGAUCAACGAGGGCGGUAACCUCGACAGGCAGAUCGCACAAGACGUAAUUAUAUUACGUACCUUAAGUUCAAUUUAAUUUCAAUUCAAUUGUAUAUUAGUUUCUUUUGUCAAUUUAUUUCAUUGAUCUAUGAAAUAUCAUUUGAAGAAAAUUUUGUAUGUAGAAUUUUUUUUGCAGAUAUUUUUCAUUGGUAAAAUAUCUUAAACUACAGGUAAAUUGAAAGAAUAAUGUACAAAUCAUGUGUUAAGAGUUAAGGGCAAUUUAUAAGUUCCUAUUUUUUAAGGUUUAUAUUUCAUUUUUGAUUUUUUUCUCAUCUCAUCUAUAAAAGAUAUCGCUCAUUUUAUCAUACUCAAAACGAGAUCACUAAAUUCUUUUUUUGUAACGGACUGAAAGAGUUGUAUAAAUUCAUUUUUAAUUGUAAAUUAUUCGUUAAGUUCUAGCUGAUCAAAUUUUAAUGUGUAAUAUAGUUUUAAUUUUCAGUUAGACUUCGAAUAAUGUUUGUGAUAUUAUAAAGAAUAUCCAGUUAUCUUCUUUUCUACAAAUUUUUUAGUUGAUAUUAAUCACAUUUAUUGGUUACAGGUAAUGUGUAAAAAUUACAGUGUGUACAUGUACACAUUUUUUUUUCACUUGAGAAGUCAGCUAAAUCUAAAGUAUAUAAGGUACAUAUAUACAGUACUCUAUGUAUAAUUCACAAUAUAUACUACACUUGCAAUUAUACACUGUUUGUACAUUGUAUAUAGUGUAUGAUAUAAUAUAAUACACUAUAUGUAAUUUACUGUGUAUGUACUGCAUAGUGUAUAUUAUGCUAUUAUGCCAUAUAUAAUUACAUUAUAGUGUAACAUUGUAGUGUAGCAUUUUUAAAAUGUACAUUAUAUUCUUUUACAAUUCUGUACUUACUGUAGAGACACAAGAUAGAGGAAUAAUCCAUGCUAUUAAAUAUCACAAACAUUAGUCAUCAUUUCAAAAUUUUUAAUCAAUGAACGCAAUUGUAUUGUAUUAUUUACUCAUUUGAUCAAUGUACAAAUUUUCAAUGCUAAAUAAUACUUUCCAGUACUAGCCCUGAUUUCAGCAGUUACCUGUAACUAUUAAAAUCAGGGUACUGUAAAUUUUCUUUUGUAUUUUAUGUUACUUAUAAUUUAUUUUGUGGCUAAUUUAUAAUAUCAUAUUCGGUGCUAUUAAAUUGUUUCAGUCUACGCUAAUACCCUAUUUAGAGUCUCCUGAAUCAGUGAACAUGAGAGGUAAUUAUUCAAUUAGAUUUCAGAUAGUUAUUUUUUAAACAUGAUUUGUAAAAUUGCAAUAUAGUCAUUUACAUAAAAUGAUAAAUAAGACAAUAAAUAUUAAUGACAUUGGUUGGUAGUGGUAACAGUUUUGCACUUUCUGUGACAUGAUGAAUUAAUUAAUAUUAAAGCUUCCUAAAAAAAAUAAAAAAUAA